AGUUUGGCCCCCGUGGCUUUCCGUAGAUCAGGGCCUGGGCGUCGGCACUUCACUCUCUGGUGCUGCUGCUACAUUGGAAACAAACACCCAAACACCACUUGAACAGAGAGCACGGAGGUGGUACUUACAUAAACGAGAGCUUAAAAUAAAACAUACACAUAAAAAAUGCAUUCAGUCACUGUGGACGGUUCGCCAAAGAAGCGGACGUUGUCUCGAGGAAUAAGCGAGGACGAGUCUCUCCGCAGCUUCAUCAAAGAGGUGGGCGCAGAAAUCACGUCGUCAUUUGUUUUUGUUUAGGGCUUAAGCUAACAGCACGUUUAUGCGGCCGCUAAUUAACUAAUCCACUCAAGCUUUAACGUUGAUAAAUAUUAUCAGUUCAAUUUUAAGCCAAUGUGUUAACGGUGUAGUGUGGCUCACAUCAACAGUAGAUUUGGUCUCUAAUCUGUCAGUACCUUUACUUCACUUCCCCAAUUUGCUUGUGUUUAUAAUGAUACUCUUGUGUAUGGUGGUCAUCUUGGGCUGUUAUUGAAUUGUGUUUUCGUCUCUGUUAUCAGUCCGAGAGCUCAUCCAGGCGACUAACACGGAGCGAUAGUCGAGCUGGCACCCUGACCAGGAGGACUGACAGUCAGGUAAGAGACAGAGACACAUCAACAAGAGCAAACAGUAGGGGAGAGUUGGGUAAGAUGAGCCAUUUUUCAUAUUUUUGAUCACGACAUCAAGGCAAUCAUAGUUUUAUCUCUUAACUAGUGUAUCUGCAUAUAUUUCAAGAUGUUGUGCCUCCCUGCAAACCAACAGACUGAGUGUAAACAUAACUGUCUUGAUAACAUAGCAUGCCAAAAAAAGUGGUCUCCUAUGAUCAACUUACCCCGUGUAUGGGGUAAGUUGAUCAUAGGAGCGGGGUAAGUUGAGUCAUAUCCCUACUACCCCCCCACUCUCCAGCCCUGCCCUCCCCCACCUUCUCUCUCCCUAAAUAACAGUGAUUCAGAACAUUCAUGUGUAUUUUUAUCUAUUAUACGCUAUUCAACUGGUACAUUUAUUAUUUUUAUGAUUGCAUAUAACUGCUAAAAAGCUGUUUUGUAAAAAGCCAUUUUAACAUGAGAAUGUCUUUAAGUGAUUCAGAACAUUCACAGCUGUAUUUUAGAAAAGAAAAAGUAACACAUUUCAACAAUCUGAACUGAAACUCUGAUCCUCUCAUCAGACUCCUUUACUUUCUCACUUACCCCUGAACUACUAUGAUGACUUUAUUAGUCCUCUAAGAUAAAAUGGUGGACUUUUAUGCUAGGUUUUUGACCUCAUGUUGUAGCUCAUAGAUACCACAAUUGAUGUAUGAAACAAAAUUAAAAUGAUCUUUUUUAGGUCUAAACACAAUUCUAAUAAAACUUAUGACAGACUAAAUUCACUUUCAAGAGUGCAAAAUGUUUUAUUUAGAAAUAAAUGUCUAACCCCUUCACCCAUGUGCUUCUAACCUUCACAGACUGCAUGAAUUGAUGCCCAUCUCCUAAAUAUUUGGUCACAUGAUCAAUUUCUUUUACCAUUUCCAAGCAACAGGGGGUGGCUCAACUUACCCCACUCUUCCCUAAACUUGGCUGUAUUUUCUGUAGUGAUGAAUACACUGAUACUUCAGAUCACAUGUGUUUCUUAGGUUUUGAUUAUGAGACUUACUAAUGUAAUAUCUAAAACCUCUCAUUUUCCAAUUUUUUUUGGCUCAACUUACCCUACUCUCCCCUAACAUCCAAACAUCUGUGUAUCAUCCCAGGUGUCUCCAGGAUUCAUGUCUCUAAUGUGGCAUCAUCUUUGCAAUGUAAUAUUCAUAUCAGCAGUAGUGGAAAUUGGUGGUUUGAGUCACCUCAGCCUGAGAAUCUCCCUUUUGUCUUGGUUAUGAUAAUCUUUUUAUUUCCCUGGUGCCAAUUCAACCGACAACCUGUUUUUUUUUUAAACUAGAGAGACAUGAUGUUCAGUUAACUGUUAAAGGACUGAUUACAAGGAUUUUUGGAAGGAGAAAUCAUUUUGUGUUUCACUGUAGAUGAAAGGACUAUUGAUAAACACAAAACUCGCCGACGGAAUUUCAUUUUUUACUCUUUCUUUCUGAUUAUUUAGCCAGGGGCUCAUCAGUUUUUCUCGUUGUCAAUGGAUUACCCUUACCCUUACCCUGAAAUGUUGCUCACGAACUGUUGCAUCAGUAACCACUGUUGUCUUUUUGCAAGAAUGUGGCAACAAAAAAAGUAAUGCAAUACAUGGGCUACACUUCAACAUACUGUGAUGUAAAAUAUUGUGGGCACUAACACAUUGUGGGCACAUUGUUUAUACUAACAGGGUAAAUCUACUUAUUCUCUUCACUGUAUAUUAUAAUAAACUGAUAGAAGAUUUACAUACAAGGUGUCUCUUUCUGUGGAGACACACUUGAUGUUUUUGGAGCACUUACUUAAUUCCAUGGAUUGCAGUGGGCCUAUAUGGGCUCAGCAGAAGAAGUGAGGUAAACAUGAAUGCAAGCCUGCUCUGAAAAAGGCUUAUCUCCUCCAUAUUUAGAGGAAUAUUCCAGGUGCAGGCCUUUCAGGAUUAUCCUUGUUAUGCACAAAACAAGAUCUCAAAAGAGAUUCAUACAAACACUUUGCACCUUGUACCUCACUUUGCACCAAGAUAAUACACUGUGGUAUUUGCAGCAAAGGGUCUGUACGUGCACUUAAUGUGCUUGCACCAUGCACUUUAGACCUAAAAUAUAGAUAGUUUAGUUUUUGUCCAGUUUUAUAAUUUUUAUCUCUUAUGCACUGAUAUUGUGACUUUUCCAUUCUUGGGCCAGAACUAUCCAGGGGCAAAAGCCAGUGUUACUCUAAAUACUGUUAACCUUAUAAGAAAUAUCAGAUAUAUUAUCAUCAGUGCAAAGGUAUUUUAUAUCAUUCUUAAUAUGGUACUGUGUUUUGACAGUUGUAAUCAAAGAAGGUGUCCUACCUCCAUUAUACUCAUUCUGAUAGCUGGGAUUAUGCUUUACCAAAGUCUGGGACUCUUCAGAUCCUGUAAUGCUGGAACGUAGUUAAUUUUUUUAAAAUUCAACAAUACUUUUAUUAGUUUUAUACAGGUAUACACAGGAGACACAAUACUAACACCCCCUUUCCCUCAAAACCCCGUCUACAGCUGGAUAUUUCUAUUACUUUGUUUAAAUAACAAAUUGUGGAGCUAUAACAAAAAAUAGAAAAAUAAAUAAAUACAUUAAUCAAAAAAAAAAAAAAUACAAGUAAGUGCUGGAAAUCUUGAAAUACAUAAGAUGUUGAGAAAUAAAAAGUAAAAAGAGAGUAAAUUAAAUGAACUACUGUGUGUUAAGGGAAAUACAAAUGUAGACAAGUCGCUGAAAACUGAAAAAGUCUGUAAAAGAGAUAAGAAUUUGAGUUGUAUGAUUAUAAAACAUCACAGAAAUAUAUUUCAAAAAGAAAACAACUAGAAGUGGAGAGUGCUAAUUCAAAAUGAUGAAAGUUUCUAAUGUAGUUAAUUUUAAGGUGAAAAAAGAAACCGACUGCGGACAAGAUGAGGGGCGGGUGCUCUUUAAAAAGAUCUUUACGGCAGACUUUCUGCUUACACAGCUAUUAUUAUAUCUCAACACAGUAGAGGAACUGUAAUGAUGUAAGAAGAACAUGUGAUAAAAUCAUUUUCAGUGAAAUGUGCUAAAACAAUAAAAGAGAGAAUCUCAGACCAGAACAUAAAUCACAGAGUGAGUCCACUGAAAAGAGUAAAAAUAUAGUUUUGUUUUUUUAUCAAAUCAACACACCAUCUAUUGGUCGUAUAGAUUUUCAUGUUGACUUGUAGAUUUUCUUUUUAUGACUCUUACACAAUCCAGUUUUCAUGUCCUCUUACAGAUCCUGUUUGAUUAAUCUCACUUUGAUUGAACUUUUGAAUAACCUCUGUAGGCAUUUUUAAACAAAAUUUUGCAGGUAUGAGUUGUAGUGAGUGUUCAUUAUGAGGGAUGUGCCACUCUGAUCCUUGUAUCGGAUAUCGGCUAGAUUCUCACCCAAAAAGCUAGAUCGAUAUCCGUGACAAAGGGCUGAUCCUGAAGGCCGAUCCUAAGAGCAGGUUGCCAAAACACAACUUCUGGUCUCACCCUUAAAUAAAAGGUUAUUUAUUUAAUGCUUGCAUCUGAAUCAGUUCAGUAUCAAUAUGGGCCAAUACAGUAACUCUAGUAUUGGUACUGGUACUCAAAAAGGUGGAUUGGUGCAUCCCUAUUCAUGCUGCAGUGUCCACUAUUGUGCUGUCAUGUAAGUUGUCAUUGUUGUAAUUGUUGUUAUGCAUGUGAUUUAUUGUUGGCGUGUAUGUAGUGUUCAUUGUUGUCUGAGAUGUGUAAUGUACUGUCAGUGAAGACAAAUCUCCCUACGGGACAAAUAAAAUCAAUAAAUCAAUCCAUUUGUUCCAUUGUAAAUAACAAUCGUAGGAUCCUAAACAGCCUCUUAGAAAUUCUUCUUUCCUUCUCAACAGACUGAACAGGACCUCUUCAUGGGCCUCCCUGAGAUGGUGAGCAUAUUCUUCUGCUAUUUUCAUAUUGUACACAGUUCUGUUUGUAAAAGUGGGUGACUGCAGUGGUACAGAUUCCUUUGCAUUUGGAAGGAUUGUCAUGCCUCCAGAUGAGGCCUCCCACUGAUCCCACUGAGAGCUUAACACUUCUCCACCCACUGAUUGGCAUGUGUUGGUACCUCUGAAGUUGCCCACGCUGAUAUCCAACUGUGCCCGUGUUGUAGCUGGAGCUGCAGGCCAGCUAUGACGAGGUGGUUCAGGAGCUGCGUGGGCUUGAGGUCGAGCGAGAGACUUUGUUGUUCCAGGUGGACGUCCUGCAGGACACACUGGAGGGUGUGGAGGAGCUGCUGGCUGAGACGCAGAGGGAGGCUGGGCAGGCUAAUAUGGUAGGACUGGGCUCACCUAAAUAACACACUGGUUUCAAAUCAGCUUCUUAAUCUUCCUUUCUCAUCAUGACAAGUGUGUUUUCUGUUUGAGUUGCAAUUAAGGCACUAAUCAGCUCUUUUUUCAUCUCUAACAGGAGCUGGAGCGAGAGCGGGAGGCCAAGAGAAAACUGGAGAACAUGGUGUGCUCUCUGAUGCAGGAGGUGGAGAGAUUAAAAGAGGUAAAGUGACAUUCAGAAAGAGAACAUUACAUAACAUCAGAGAGGCACAGGGUUUUUGAAUGUAUAAAGAGGUACAGUCUGAUUGAACCUGUUACAUAACAGAACGCGAGAAAUGCAAAAAAAAAAAAAAAAAUGGAGAUGGUGUGUGUGUGUGUGUGUGUGUGUGUGUGUGUGUGUGUGUGUGUGUGUGUGUGUGUGUGUGUGUGUGUGUGUGUGUGGUUCAGCUUUGAAGCUCGUCUCUACCUUUCUCUGCUGACCUUUGUUAAUAAGUAACCAUACAUUUAUCUGGAUAUGGAAGUACCUCAUGUACCGAAGUCUUGUACUUAUUUGCAAUCAUUUGCUUUUCCUCCUUUGAGUGAGGUGUUGAGUAGAGUUCAGUCAUUGUAAGUGCAGGGAAACCAAAAAAGCCAAAAUGCUUUUGGGCUUUUAAGCACAUGCAUACAGGCUAAUUAAUACUUUACAUUAAAACUUUAAUACCAUUAAUAUUUAGGAAAUUAAACAUCUACCGUGUAUUGGAAUUCACCUGUAAUGUUUAGUAGGCACUCAAAUGAAAUUGUUGACCUCUGAAACAGCUGCAUAAUUAAAAUUUUGCAAAAUAUUUAGGUGAUGAAGGCUAGCUGAACACAGAGGCCAGCUUAGACCAGUGACUGUGAGGAGUGUUUUUCCAAAAAUGGGGUUGAGAGUGAUCGGCAUGAGUAACAAAAUCCUUGGUGAUUAUUUGUAUCUAACAGUUAAGGUGAUAAUAGUAAUUCGCUCUCGUGUUUCUACUUGUUUCAAUUGCGUAAGUUAAACUGAAGGAUUUCAAAGUUUCUGACUCAGCAAGAGGAUUUAGUCACAGGUUGGGACUUCAGUUAACAGGUCGGGUUGGUUUUGGAUAUGAUUCAAGGAUAAUUGUGGGUUACAUAUGAGUUCUAGAGAAGAGUUUUGUAGGUUUGGGCUAGUCUGCAAAAAAAAAAAAUCUGAAAUACAGAAAGUUUUGAAAAAAUAAUCUCCACUUCUAUUCGGCGGCAGUCUACAUGCAUUUGUUUGUGUCUGUUAUCCCUUGAAGAAGUGAACACAGACUGGAUGAAUGCUAAUGUUUAUUCGUGCCAUCUAGCAGCUGAGGUUUACAUUAAUCAACAUAAAUGAUUGUGUGUGUGUGUGUGUGUGUGUGUGUGUGUGUGUGUAGUAUCCUUGUUUUAAGAUUCCUUUAGCUCAGGGCCAAAUGUAAACAGUGCUUUAACAUUAACAUUCCCUUAAAUGGAAACUAGAUGUUGAGUAUCUUUGCAGGCUGUGUGAGUAAGACAGAACUGUUAGGAUUAACACAGAGAUUCAAUGCAGUGAGAAACCAGAGAUAAAAGAUGUAUUUUACAUCUUAAAUAUAUUUAUACAACACUUCUGCCACCUUUUUCUGUAAAACUUAAAUUGUAUCAAGAAGUGGGGGGAGGGGGAACGCAUUUAGAUAACCCUAGUAUUAAUAAAAACGUCCAUCGGGGUAAAACUAAACUGCUCCUUAAUCAACAUAGAUCUCAGUUGAACAUUCAGGGCUACCAAAGAUAUUCUGUCCUUUUUCUGUCAGUUUACAUUCAAUCAUUUCGAAGGAAGAAGGGCAAGUGGAAAACCUGGGCAGCUGAAACACUGAGGGACUCUGAGUUUGUUUUCAAAUAAUGCGAACAAUCUUCUUCUGAUUACUUUUAGGUGAAUCCUGAGCAGCAAUAAAUAUGAACACCAUUAAGUCAGUUUUAUUCGGUAUAUAGUUGUUAAAGCUUCUGUCUGUGAUUUAAUUGAAGCUGUGUAUUCUGUUGCUCUUACAGGAACAAUUCUUGACAAAAAAACGGACGAGUAUUUGUUUGAUCUAAAAGAAAAAAAUUGUGUUUAAGGCUGUUAAAAUCUCUUUGCAGGAAAGAAAUAACCAUCUGUCUGCCUCAGUGAACACACACGGAGGUGUUGAUGAGCCAAUGAGAGGAUACCAAAUGGAAAAUGAUGCUAAGCACCUGCCUGAAGCCGCUCACAGAGAAGAAAAAGACUUCACGUCGAGUGAACCCUGCAGUAGAGGUGGAGCGUCAGAGGAAAUGAGCGAAGAGGCAGAAGAUGAAGGAAGCACGCCAAUGAAGCUGAAGAAAAUGGUCAGUAAGCCCCUGAGCCACGUGCCCACUCUUGCUCUCGACAACCCGGUUACAGAGGAUGGGGUCCUGCGGAGGCCUUAUGAAAACAGUGCGGAGGAUGGACGAGAUCCCUCUCCAGACAGGAACGACUCCGACAGCAUAAGUGCCUACGAGGACGCAUCAGCCGAGACUCCGGAGCGGGACAGGAUUUUUCCAGGCGACAAUUUAGAGCUUCCUGAUGAUUCUGAAAAUAAUGAGGGAUGUGCGCCUAACAACUGCCAGCCUACUGAACCCAAAAACCCUGACGGCUGUGUCGUGUCUUAACUCAUCUUGUUUAUCUAGUGCUGGGAAACAGGUUCAAGGUGAUUACAGGUCGGUCCGAGCCUUUCUUGAAGUGCUUUUAUUUGCAGUUAAGCCACAUCUAAGAACUAUAGUUUGCCAAAAGUCACAGUUACAGGUGUCAUUAUAGCUCUGAGAAAUAGUUCAUGAACUGUACAAAAGCGGUACUUUAAACCACUUUUACAUUAAUUUAUCAUAGUAAUUUUUAAAAUCAAAAUGACAAAUGAAACUUUUAUUUAAAUUUAUAUGUAAGUCAAGGACAUGUGUUUAGGACUUAGGCUUGAAUUGCUGCUUCUUUGACAUUUUAUUACUGAAUUAUAAUGAAUGGCAGCUUAAUGGAUAAUGAAAAUAAAAGUACGUUGCAAAAUUAAAUUUAAAGGAACUCUAGAUAUAGCUGUUAUAUCUUUUUCUUUUUAGUCUCAAUCAGUCUUAACUUUGACAUGUUUAAAAAAUAAAGAAAAUAUCCCGUUUGUUUAAAUUAUUAAGCAUUUUAGUUACCAUUUAAUAUAGAUGUUUGUUACACAAACAGCUUCUCAUUUCUCUUUAUGCAAAACACCUUAAGCUUAAGAAGAAUUUGGAUUGUUUUGGUGUGAGCUCUGAUUAUAAUCACACAACAGAGAGUUGGGAUCUUAGAGUGGCAUCUUAAAUAUGUCAGACACUCACCGCUCUGUAAGAUAUUUAAACCGUCAGGAAAAAGCUUCAAGAUGUUUAAGCCGUCUGCCUCUGGCAGCUGUAAUACAGGUUUUCAAAGGCACUUAGGGAAUUUAUACUGAACUGAUUUUUUUAAGAAAGGGAAUUUUUUUGCUGCUUGGAGAUUUUAUUUAUUUUUCUGUCCUUUUUACAUGGCCCUUUUUUAUGUUUUUAUCUUAAUCUUAGGGAAAUUGAAUUGGCUACAUUUGCACUUUUUAAAGAUCCUGUAUCAUGACAUAAAUUUGUCAGAUUAUACUAGAAAUGACAUUCCCUUUACAACCAAACAUGUCAGCCAUGACUGAUGUGCUGCAGGCUGCAUCCUCUCUGCCUGCAGAGUUAAAACUGUAUGUUUGCACAUUUACAAAGAAACUCGCUGAGGUUAGUCUCUUUGGAUGUCUCCAAAUGCUGUACUCACUUUGUAUUUAACCACAAUGAUCUAUGAUUAUUGUGUACGAUGUUACACUUCCUUUUUUUAGGCUUGAAGCAACAGGAAGACCCUUUCACCUCAUUUUAACUGUUUGCAUGAGCACCCAAGAAUGUAAAACAUUUUCAAUCUGCAAAUGAAUCAAUCAGUCUGCCAUUACUGUGGUACUUUUGCACACAGAACUUCAUGUUCAGAGAUGAACUUUAGCAGCUUUAUCAAAUAUUUGAGGGAAUGUACCACAUGACACAGUUUUGCUUUUAAGGAAAAUCAGUUUCUGUCAGGUCAUGUGGCUAACCAGAAGCAGAAGUGGAUCUACAUUAGAGCAUGAAUGAAAACGAGUUUUAAGAAGAUAGAGGUUGUGCAGUUGCUGCAUUUAGUUGCAUGGAUUUAUGGCAGAAUAUCAAUGUUUGUAUUUACUCAUUUGUCUUUUUUUAUAGUCUUAUUUACACUAGGUGACUGCUACUGAAGUGCUGUUACUGUAGUGCUGUGUGGUGGCACUGUAGCCAGGUUUGAACAUCAUCAUUCAGGUCAUUUACACUUUUGCUGGUCGCACAUUCGUACAUAAACAUCCACAAUCAUUGGUCUUCUUCAAUUUUUUUUCAUCAGCUGUUGAUUUUAUUCGUGUUUUAAAUUCCUGUCAGGUCAAAGGAUUUAAAUUGUACUGAAACACAUUUUGCAUUUUUUAAACUUAGUCGUGGAUUAUCACUGAUUCUUUUUUGUUGACUUGUUGAGUACACAACAGUGGGGUUUUCAAAUUGUCAUUGCAUUUUCUCGUCAUAAAUGAUGCAAAAAAUAAAGUUCUUACUGUAGUUUGAUGCCUUUAAUGGGUCGACAUAUUUUUGACAUGUUCUGAGCUUUGUAUCAAAUGUUCACAGGCGACUGUAGAGGACACUGAUUUAUACUUGUAAUUGAAAUGACAUUCCAGACAUAUCAAAAUAAAAGAAGUGAAAAAUGUACCUGCUGAAUGUUUUAUUAUUGAAAUACUCGAAACUAAAG